AUGGUACCACCACCGCCUACACCGUGUCAACCUUCAGUCCCUUCUAUUCGUGGCUCAUCGUGGUGCCAACCGUCGCCUGUCCAGACUCCCGACUGCACAACACGUACACUUGCUUUCGACUCGGUAGCUUCCAGUAAAGCAGACGAAGUCAGUGCUCGGAAUAAAAAACGCCGUAGGAGAGUAGGCGAAAGCGCAGUAUUCACUUCAGCGCGAAGGCCACUUGGAACGGAACAGGAGGAAGAUCAGGACGAGAACGACGAGAUCAAAGACACAGAACAGAUGUGGACGUACAAAAGCGAAGGUGAUGAUUUACGACCUGCUACUUCUUUGAAAGAACAAGUUGAUACCAUUCAGCAACCAACGAAACCUCCGCUGAGAAAGCAUAAGACAGUGGCAAGUGUCCAAAAACAUGCCAAGAUGGACAGAAGACAAAUGACAGUAGACAGACUGCGGCAUCUCGUGAAAGCAUGUAGUGCGCAACAUCAUGUGGUCUCUGCGCUCUUUUAUGCGGACAAAUUAGUGACGAUGUCACCUAAAGAUGGGAACGACGUGUUGCUCUAUGCUAACGCAUGCUACUUGAACCACCAGUUUCACCGAGCAAUUCAUGCCAUUAAGAAGGCAAAAUUGGCAGAAAUAAAGGGUUUCAAGGAAAAUUUAGAAGUACCGAAGUACAUGAUGCUAAGAGCUUGCUUAUUACUAGGCAAGUGUAUGCUAGCAAUUAAACAAAAAGAAGAGUGUUUAGAAGUACUUGGAACGGUGCUACCCGAGAGAGAACAGGAAGUGGUAUUGCUUGCGAAGAAGGUCAAUCUAGGAAAUGAAAGCGACGAUAAUGCUGACGGAAUUAAUGUGGUGUCUUCGCUCGCAUUGCUGAUGGGUGAGACAUAUGAAGCCUUUGGCAAUCGAGAAAAUGCAACACUUUAUUAUCGCAUCGCACUGCGCUGCGACGUGCACUGUUCCGAAGCGUUUUUUCAUCUUUUUGACAAAUAUAUGCUUUCAACAAGUGAAGAAAAGGAACUUAUGACGUCUCUUGAUUUCUCGGCGGAUGAAAUGCAGCUACUAGAGUUGUUGUAUCAACCCCACGUAGGCAAGUAUGAUACAAUGCAGUCAGUUGCAGAAAGAUUUGCUGAAGUGGAGGACAAUUUUGGUUUAAAAAACAAUUUAGAGCUGAAGGUGACACGAGCAGAGACGUUUUAUUAUCAGCACGAUAUCCAGCAGGCGUACGAGAUAUGCGAAAGUAUUCGUAAGCAAGACCCAUUCAAUUUUCGUGUGGUCACAGUGUACGUGGGUACGCUAGUAGAGCUUGGAAAAAGCCGAGAGCUUUAUCAGUACGCUCACCAAUUGGUUGAUGUGUAUUCAACAAAAGCUUCAGCCUGGUAUACUGUGGGGUGUUAUUACUUAUUAAUCAAAAAGUUCGAGGCUGCGCAACGAUAUUUCCACAAAGCAACAUCUUUAGAGCCAAGUUAUGCGCCCGCAUGGAUUGGAUUUGGAAAUUCUUUUGCAGCGCAGGAUGAAAGUGACCAGGCCAUGUCGUCAUACCGUACAGCCUCCAGUCUCUUUCCUGGAUCUCAUUUGCCGCCUCUGUAUAUCGGCAUGGAGUAUCUUCGUACAAAUAACUUAAUCCAGGCUCAAAAUUUUAUUCGCCAGGCAAGCACAAUAUGCCCCAAUGACCCAUUGAUAUACAAUGAAUUAGGCAGCAUAUACUACAAGCAAAAAGAUUAUCUGAAAGCGAUCGAGCUAUUUCUCAAGGCUCUUCAGCUCUGCAAUGGUCUCCCAGAGCGACUCAUGGAGGCGUGGGAGCCCACUCUUUAUAAUCUUGGAUACUCGUACCGCAAAUUACGAAAAUUUGAUUCGGCUAUUUAUUAUUUCGACAGUGCACUUCGAUUGUCACCGCAGAACGCUUCAGUCCUUGCUGCUCUUGGAUUUACAUAUCACAUGAAAGGCAAUACGGAGCAAGCGAUUGAGUAUUAUCAUGCGGCACUCGCAUUUUCUCCCGAAGAUACUCUAGCGGGAUCAAUGAUAACUGUUGCGUUUGAAGAAUCUCUCUCAUGCGGACCUGGUUCAUUUCCCGAACUCACAGCACCUCCUUCCAAAAAUGCACCAAAGACAAGUGGCCUCACUCCUCUUAGAGCUCGUCGUGUGGCUGGAAAUGACAGCAAGACACAUAUACGUGGUCUGAAUCAGUCUUAUAGCAGUAUCGAACGCAGCAGAUUAUCCCUUGCGUGCUCAAGUCUGGAUUUUUCUGAUGACAGUUCAAUGAUGAAUGUGGACGAAGAGUGA